AAGGAAUAAAAUUGUGUGGAAAGGCGCUCUAUGCUCUUGGGGAGUUGGCGCCAUGGGGGUGGGGCUCGGGGCAGCCAAGAGGAUACCAAAGUAUCACAUGUCCAAGUACAGUUGCAGGCCUGUGAGGGGCACGUGCGUUGUGACAACUCCAAGCUGCUCAGCAGUGUGGCUGAGGCAGUGAACUUGAGCCCACCGCUGGGCAAGGUGUUUGAAGGGAAAACGGAAGAAGUAGAACUCUGCAGGCAGAGAUCUGUGCAAAAUCCUGUCUACAGCAGCAAGGACCGUGCUGAGCACAAGCACAGAGGAGCCAAGAGGGGCACAGGAGAUCCCCCAGGGCCUCGGGAAGGAUGUUAAGGGGGAAGUGAUGUGGACAGACACGCUUCUCAAUGGUGGUUGCUGCUGGCCUUGGUGCGCUCUUCCUCCUGGCCAUCUCCAUCUUCCUGGCGCCAAGCCACCCCCGGAACACCAAAGGCAAAAGAAAAGGGCAAGGGAGGCCCAGUCCCUUGGCCCCUGGGCCUCAUCAGGUGCCGCUGGACCUGGUGUCUCGAGUAAAGCCCUACGCUCGAAUGGAAGAGUAUGAGCGGAACCUUGGGGAGAUGGUGGCCCAGCUGAGGAACAGCUCCGAGCCAGCCAAGAAGAAAUGUGAAGUCAAUCUACAGCUGUGGUUGUCCAACAAGAGGAGCCUGUCCCCAUGGGGCUACAGCAUCAACCACGACCCCAGCCGCAUCCCUGCGGACUUGCCCGAGGCGCGGUGCCUAUGUUUGGGUUGCGUGAAUCCCUUCACCAUGCAGGAGGACCGUAGCAUGGUGAGCGUGCCAGUGUUCAGCCAGGUGCCGGUGCGCCGCCGCCUCUGUCCUCAACCUCCUCGCCCUGGGCCCUGCCGCCAGCGUGUCGUCAUGGAGACCAUCGCUGUGGGUUGCACCUGCAUCUUCUGAGCCAACCACCAACCCGGUGGCCUCUGCAACAACCCUCCCUCCCUGCACCCACUGUGACCCUCAAGGCUGAUAAACAGUAAACGCUGUUCUUUGUAAAGGAA